AGAGAGAGACCCCCGGCCCCGGCACAGAGAGAGAGAGACCCCCUCACACACUUCAUAUCCGUGCAGUGGAGGAGCCGCCGCCGGAAUAAUCAACCAUGAUAGAAGAUAAAGGCCCAAGAGUGAGCGACUACUUUGUAGAGGCAGGGCUUACGGACACGUCUACACCUUUGGAGCAGGAAAUUAACAUUUCAGAGACUAAAUCAACAGGACCAAAAGCACCCAUAACAGAUCUUGCUGUCAUUAUCACAUCAGCAGGAGAAAAUAUUCCUGAAGGUUACACUUGUAUUGAAAGCACACCUACGGGACUUCAAGCAAACUUGAAUCAUGGCAGUUUAAAAAGUCCAGAGAUGUACCUUUGUUACAAGAGGGGUCGGAACAAACCACCUCUAAUUGAUAUUGGGAUAUUGUAUGAGGGGAAGGAGCGAAUAAUUCAAGGCUGCGAAAUCCUGGACACUACUCCUUUUGGCCGUUGCGCCAAUGUUAACAACAGUUCAGCCACCUCUCAGAAAAUCUUUAUUACUCAUCGAAGGGCUGCAUCGAACAGACCUCAGAAUUCUUUGGCUGUGACUGAUAUCUGCAUUAUUGUUACCAGUAAAGGAGAGACACCACCCCAUACAUUCUGCAAAGUAGAUAAGAAUAUUAACUGUGGCAUGUGGGGUUCCAGUGUGUAUCUUUGUUACAAGAAGUCUGUUCCUGCUUCUAAUUCAAUAGCAUAUAAAGCUGGGUUGAUCUGCAGAUAUCCGGAAGAAGACUAUGAAUCAUUCCCAUUGCCUGAAUCAGUACCGCUCUUCUGUCUUCCCAUGGGAGCUACUAUUGAAUGCUGGGCUCCCAAAACCAAAUACCCAUUGCCAGUUUUUUCGACCUUUGUUUUGACUGCUUCAUCAGCAGAAAAGGUGUAUGGUGCCGCUAUCCAGUUUUAUGAGUCUUACCCGAUGGAGUUGCUGACUGAGAAACAGCUCAUGCAGCUUGGCCUUAUCACUGCUGUGGACAAGAAAUUAAUCACAUCCAAGACUGUACACACCAAUAAAUGCAUUUGCCUCCUCUCACGCUGGCCUUUUUAUGAGGCCUUCCGCAAAUUUCUGAUGUUCCUGUACAAGUUGUCUGUCUCUGGACCUCAUCAUCUGCCUAUUGAAAAGCACAUAUCCCACUUCAUGCAUAAUGUUCCCUUCCCAUCACCUCAGAGGCCAAGAAUCUUGGUUCAGCUAUCAGCACUUGAUCAGCUUAUCCUAUCUCAACCAGUUUCAACACCCUUACCACUCAGUGGAGCUAACUUUAGCACCUUGCUAAUGAACUUGGGAUCUGAAAACUGUGCGAUUCUCCUCUAUUUUGUCUUGAUGGAAAACAAGAUUCUGCUGCACUCUCUCAGGCCUGCUGUGCUGACUGGUGUGACUGAGGCUGUUGUAACUAUGAUCUUUCCAUUCCACUGGCAGUGUCCGUAUAUCCCACUCUGUCCACUUUCACUAGCUGGAGUCCUCAGUGCACCAUGUCCGUUUAUUGUAGGUGUUGAUUCACGAUAUUUUGAUCUUUAUGACCCACCACAGGAUGUUGUUUGUGUGGACCUGGAUACAAAUACAAUUUAUUUAUCUGAUGACCGGAAGAAUUUAAACUGGAAGCAGCUUCCGAAGAAACCUGGGAAGAAUCUCUUUGGUUCCUUAACAAACUUACAAACUCAGCUUUCAUUAGUUCACAGAAGAGCACAGGAGGGAUCUGCUGUGGAAAUGACACCCAUAGAGGCUGAUUUUACCUGGCAAAAAAAGAUGACUGCAGUUGAGAUGGAAAUUCAGGAAGCCUUUUUGCGUUUUAUGGCAUCUAUAUUAAAAGGAUACAGAACAUACCUCAAACCAAUUACACAGGCUCCUUCAGAAAAAGCCACUUCAGCAGGUUCACUGUUUGAUCUACAAGGCUUCUUGAAAACUCGUGAUCGGGCACAUCAAAAGUUCUACAUUCAGCUGACAAAAACACAGAUGUUCAUUCGUUUCAUUGAGGAGUGUUCAUUUGUGAGUGACAAAGAUACCAGCCUAGCCUUUUUUGAUGACUGUGUAGAUAAGCUUUUUCACUCUGACAAAGAAAAGGGAUCAAAGGUUGAUGCUGACUAUGCUGAAGACUCUAAGCUAAUCGAGCUGGAUGAGUCCCAGAAAAGCGAGCACACUGUCUUUGUAAUGCCACUGGAACCUCCAGCAUCUGAUGGACUAGAGACAGCACGGAAAUAUGGCUACAAAUCCUUCCCAGUGCUUAAGAAGGAGCUUUUUGAAAGACCACAGGAAUUAAGAUUACCCACCAGACUUGCAGCUGGGACAAGCAUUCCCAGCAGUCCAGCCCUCAUGGCAAAGAGAACCAAACAGGAGAUAAAAACUGCCCAGAAAAUUGCAAAGAAAUAUUUCUCAACACCAGAACUCUGGGCCAAAUGCUUGUUUAGCCAUUGCUACAGUCUUUGGUUCAUUUGCUUGCCAACCUAUGUCAGAGUCUCCCAUUCCAAGGUCCGAGAACUGCAGCAAGCUUAUGAUGUUCUCAUCAAAAUGAGAAAUAUAAAGGUGAAUCCAUUGGAUGAGGUAUGUUACAGAGUUGUCAUGCAGUUGUGUGGACUCUUGGGACACCCAGUUCUUGCUGUUCGGGUGCUGUUUGAAAUGAGAAUUGCGGGUGUGCAACCGAAUGCCAUUACUUAUGGUUACUACAACAAAGCGGUUUUGGAGAGUACCUGGCCCAGCAGUAAUCGUAGUGGUUGCUUUUUGUGGACAAAAGUGCGGAAUGUCGUUCGUGGGGUGGCACAGUUGCGUCUGACACUGAAAAAAUCAAGGUCUCUCGGUCCCCAAGUGCCAUUGAUCUCAGGUGGAAGUGAUGUGGAUGCUGUGAGCCAUGGUAGCGUGGAUAGUUCUAAUGAUGCUAACAGUGGAGAGCAUGUACUGUUCGUCAGAGACCUAAUCAUUGAUAAUCACUGUAGUACAGGUGCUCAGUCUGACCAAGGAUACGGUUCUAAGGAUGAACUCAGACGUGACGACAUUGAUCUUCAUGGUGAAACGAAACCCUGUUUGGAAGGAGGCUCCUGGCAGGAGUCCUGUAAACAAGAUUUUUUUGUCGUAAUUCACCACGUGUUCUUGCUCGUGCCUCCUCUCAUGGGGCAGAGGGAGCAAAAUGUUGGCAGUAUCAGGGAAGAACUAAUGGUGAGCUCCGAAAUUAAAUCAAAUGCUUCGGAAAGACUCCAUACAAGCAGCAGCAUUGUUAAACUCUCCUGCACUUCUGUUGGCAGCAGAGAAAGUAAUGAUAAUUUAAAUAGCUUACUGCUUACUUCUACUGACAAGUAUGACGAUGCUGUGUGUGGCAAAGAUAGUGACUCCAAUGUGCGACAACGUAGGAAGAGCUCUGACAAGAGCCAACAGAGGCAAAAGGUUUGGGCGGAGAGAAGCUGCAGUUUCAGUGCUGAUACCCGGACGAACAUGUUGUUAAAGAAGGGAAGUCUUGAAAACGAUCCAAGUGAGAUAGCUGAGAUGAUGGGCGCUGAUGCCAGAAUACUGGCUGCUGCUCUGUCAAGUGUCAAAAUACAAUCUCCAAAAAACAAGACCUUUACAAACCUUGAGGACUUGGGAGAUCACUUUGUACCGUUUCAUGAAACUGAUGAUAAACACAUCGACAGUUCAGAGGUUAGUGAGUCACCUGAAAUGGAAACCCCAGAGCAGCCCCUUUAUCAUCAGGUUGGAGCUGGGACAGUGAAUGACAAUGAGGUGUUUACUGAUGUCGAUGGUAUUCAUACAAUGGAAGAAAGUGAAGAUGAAAACCCCAAGCAAAAGAGGACUAGCUUGUCUUCUGUAAAAGCUGUAGAAAGAGAAGGUGUUGAGAUUGGUUUUGACCCAUUGUCAUUGCUGGUCUCAGAGACUGAGAAGCCAUGUCCUUCAGAUGUUGAGAAGAUCGUACCACCAGUUGUAUCGCGAAACCUCGCUGAUGAGAUUGAAAUGUACAUGAACCUCAAGAGCCCUCUUGGUGACAAAUCAGCCAGCAUGGAGCUGCACAAGACUGAGCAUGAAGAGAAGCCUACAGUAGACGCUGUACUUUGCCAUUCACAGGAACGAAGGUCAAGUCUCCCUUCUAGCUCACUUCCACCAGAAGCUGCACAAACAACACCCGUAUCUGUAUCCAGAUCCAAAACUUUCGCUGGCCAGCCUAAAAUUCAAAAGCCUGUUGUUGCACAGAAAAUGCGUUCAGCUUCCUUAACUGCCUUGGUGAGGAACUCUCCACAUGGCUCCUUGGGAUCUAUGGUUACGACAAUAUCAGCAUUUAAGUUUGACAAUCUGCUCUCAGGACCCAAGAUGGAUGUACUUAAGUCUGGUAUGAAACAAGCGGUUAAUGUCGCCAAUAAGGUGUGGGGAGCCGUAGCAUCAGCAUAUUCCUACUCUGACGAUGAGGAAGAACAUCAACGUGAUCAACCUAGCUUCAAUUUUCCUCCAGGAAUUGAAGACUAUGGGCUUAGUCGCAGCCCAACUAAAAGGAUGGGUGUUCCUGGGACAAUGGCGGCAAAUGGCCUUACUCAAAGCAACACGAGCCUUGGCAGCAGCAACAGCAGUGAUACUGGCAAACAGCAGCUGGCUGGUGUUUCCCAUUCAUCUAGAGUAGGAAAUGAACCUGAAAAAUCAGAACAUGGAUCAUCUCACCGUGCUAGUACAUCAAGUAUCUUUCAGAAUUGUGCAAUGGAGGUUUUGAUGUCCAGCUGUUCUCAAUGUCGGGUCUGUGAAGCUUUGGUUUAUGAUGAGGAGAUUAUGGCUGGGUGGACCGCAGAUGAUUCAAAUCUGAACACCACUUGUCCAUUUUGUAAAAACACCUUCCUACCUGUUCUAAACAUUGAGUUUAAGGACCUGCGAGGGUCUGAAAGUUUCUUCUUGAAGUCUAGUGCAUCAGGAGACAGUUUGCAUACCAACAAUGUGACCGUGCCAGCAGAACAUGUGGAACAGAACACUGGGGAUGUCCCAACAGCAUUAGACCUAAUCAACUUGGCAGAUUCACCAAUUCCCACAGUAACCCAAGAGGAGACUUCGGAGGAUAAAAGCGCUUCAUCAAAGGAACCUCAGGAGUCGCUAGACAAAAUCAAUGCUAACGAUGAACCCCCUAAAUGGACGGCUGCUUUGAUUCGAAGUUACAGUACAGGUGGCCCACUGCAAAACCUGGAUGUGUCCCAGAGACCAACGCAUGGCAUCUCAACAACCAGCCUCCCGAAUAGCCUACAGGAAACUGCGGAUACUGUGGGGCUGGGAAAUCGACCUAAUCCCACGCCUGUGUCUGUACCAUAUCUGAGUCCUCUUGUGUUGCGUAAGGAGUUGGAGUCUUUACUGGAGAAUGAGGGAGACCAAGUGAUUCACAACUCUACGUUUAUCAACCAGCACCCAAUCAUUUUCUGGAAUCUUGUUUGGUACUUCAGGAGGCUCGAUCUGCCAAGCAACCUGCCUGAUCUCAUCCUGACUUCUGAGCAUUGCAAUAGAGGACUGCAGAUACCUCAGUCGAGUUUUCCCCAGGACAGUAAAUUGGUCUACAUACAGUUGCUUUGGGACAACACUAAUCUCCAUCAAGAGCCUGGUGAUCCCAUGUAUAUAUGCUGGAGAAACCGGAACAAAAACCUGGAAGGUGGAUUAGCUCCAGACAGUCAGGUAGAAAAGAGUCCCCUGCAUAGUAUUGUGAGAAGCAUCCAGACGAAUGAUGUUUUUGGUCCCAUAUGCCUACUCUUGAGGGAGAUCAGCAAACAUCCUGGAAAUAAGCAACAAAGGAGCAUGUACAGAGAGAUUCUUUUUCUUUCCCUGGUGGCCCUUGGGAAGGAGAAUAUUGAUAUAGAUGCUUUUGAUAGAGAGUACAAGACGGCUUACGAUCGCUUGACACAAGAGCAACUCAAGAUCACCCGUCCAAUCGACUUGCCUCCCAGCACCAGGACAGAGUGGUGCCGGAAGUCGUUUGACCCGCCCUUCAUCUAAUCCUAAAGAAUUGCAGAAACCUGGAAUAUAACCACUAUCCUUAAUUAUGUCUGAAGUAUGUAAUGUGAAUACUUUGAACUGGAUGUUUAGAAUUAAGAUGGAAGGUGUUUUUCCAUGAAUUGAAGUGAGUGAGACAAUAAGUGCUCAUUGAGACUUGGAUGAACAAUUUAUGGAGCAUUGUUGUCUCAUUAUAUUGAACAGUAUGUAUUAUACACAAGAAUAAUGAAAAAGUUUUAUUCAAUAUUACUUUGGAAGUCUUAAUUUGCAAACUGUACCUUCCUAACACUAAAAACUGUCUUAAGGCAAAUCUGCUGUUACUAAAAUAAAGUACCAGAUAUGGUAAUGCAGUGUUUGUACAAACAAUGGUUCCAACCAUUUUGUAUUUUAUAGCAGAGCGUCAAAGACUAGAUUUUAAGUUGUAAGUUGGUUUGCAUCCUGUGUAAAUUAACCUUUGAAGCUCUGCGAUUUAGGAUGAAAUAAUCAGCUUUACUGCAGUAGGUUUGCGGAUUGUUCUUGGUUAGUCAAGGUAUCCUGUUUGACAGUUUAGUUCCUACUGUGUCCGAGUACUGAGUUUACAAAGGCAUACUGUAAUUUUAAAAUGUUUAAUAGAUUUUCUGCAGUGGAAGCACUGUUAGUAAUUAUACUGAUGCCCUCACACAGAUGAAUGUUUGAAGCCUUGGUUGGGGAUUUAAGUCUGACGCACAAUAAUACGUGCACUGGGUAAUUGGUGGCAGUACAAAAUCCUGUUGAGACAAAAAUUCUAUUUUGAUAUCUGAUAUGGCAAAGAUGUGUAAUCUUGUAUUGAACCAACUUUACCAUAUUAAACUGUAAAAAUAAUGAAUUUUGUAUUUUAACACUUUUUCUAGAAAAGGCAGAUUGCACCUAUGAUCCAAAUCUUGUACAGUUACAUAUGUUUUAACAGCUAUUAGUGUGAUUGUCUAAAUGAAAUGUUUGUGAAUGUAUACAAAAUUACUUGUUCAAUAAAGAAUAGUAUUGUACAAA